CACGCAAGCUUAGCCUGCAGCCAAGCGUUCUCCCGUGGUACUAAAGUUCAGUCCGCUUAGAGCCAUGGGGAAUGGGAUGAAUAAGAUUCUGCCUGGCUUGUUCCUUGGCAACUUUAAAGAUGCUCGAGAUGCGGAGCAACUGAGCAAGAAUAAUGUUACACACAUUCUGUCAAUCCAUGACGGUGCUAGGCCUAUGCUUGAGGGAGUGAAAUAUCUGUGCAUUCCUGCUGCCGAUUCACCCUCACAGAAUUUGACAAGACAUUUCAAAGAGAGCAUCAAGUUUAUCCAUGAGUGCCGGCUUAGAGGUGAGGGCUGUCUUGUUCACUGUCUUGCUGGAGUCUCCAGGAGCGUAACUUUGGUAGUCGCUUACAUCAUGACAAUCACAGACUUUGGCUGGGAAGACGCAUUGUCUAUUGUACGAGCAUCGAGAUCCUGUGCCAAUCCUAACAUGGGCUUCCAGAAGCAGCUACAGGAGUUUGAAAAACAUGAUGUUGACCAUUUCAGGCAGUGGCUGAAGGAAGAAUAUGGAGAAAAUUCUUUGCAGGAUGAGCAAGAAGCCAAAGUUCUUCUGAGUAAAUAUAAAGAGCAGGCAAUGAUGCAACCAGGUGCCGGAGGAAGACAGUGGAAUAAUAACUUUUCCUCACUGCCUUCCCUGUCAUACAACAACUACACAACAGAGACCUAAUCACUCCAGGCUGGAUUCACUUUCUUUUUUCCUUUGACCUGUUUAAAAACAGAUGUCACCAGUGUCCCCUCCACUCUCUACAGAAGUCAUGCGAGCUGUACCCUU